AUGUCGGCAGCAGGUCCUGAUUCAAAACCCUUGAAGUCCGCCUUUGCGAAUAAACGAAAACAGGGCCCCUCCGGCGACAAUGGCUCACGGCCGAGCAACGGCCGCGAUGGAGGAAACGGCGGCGGCGGAGGCUGGGCGCAGAAGCGAGUCAAGAUCCGCAACGACAGAGAAAUAGCGGCACAGCCCUCCGACGCGGCCCUCAAGGACGGCGAGCUCGACCUCCAGGCGUUCCUAAACGCGCGCGAAUUCGAGAUCAGGGCCCUCGAGGAGAGCAUGCGGCACACUAAGGCCGAGGCCACGAGCCGCGCCUUCCAGCAGGUACCCCGCGGCAUGCGCCGGCGCACGGCGAGCCACAACGCGAAGAGGGUGCCCAAGCGGCUGCGCAGGCGCGCGCUCAAGGAGAUGGUCGAGGACAAUACGCCCGUGGUGGUGUCGAAGAAGCGCAAGCCCAAGACGACGAGGGCGCGGAUCCGCGCCGAGACGGCCAAGAGGUUGGGCAUCCUCGCGGAGAAGAAGCGGAGGAGGCAGAUGAAGGCUGCCAAGUCCAAGGCCAAGGACGGCGAGGCGCAAGAGGAGGUUCCGGACAAGAGCAAAAUCACAGUCUCGACCCGGCCGCCGAGACCCAAAAUCCGGCGGAACCAGCUCAACGACCCUCCACAGCGCAAGUCCAAAUUCAGGAAGCGCCAGAUCAACAAAACAUGGCUACCGACGCACCUAUGGCACGCAAAGAGAGCGCGAAUGACCGAGCCCAAGAACCCUCUGUGGCGGUUCGCGCUACCCCUGACGCCCAACGAGAAGACGUACCGAGCGACGCAUCGAUCCCAGGGCGAGAAGGGUGUCGUUGUUUGGGAUACGAGCUAUAUGAGCACGAUCGGGCUCUACGGCGGGGCCAAGGGCGUGGAGCAAGCUCUGCGCAGGCUUGGUGUUACACAGGAAGGGUGUUGGAACGACAGGGGAGUCAAUUGGAGAGCAGGUACACGACACUGGACUGGGUUCCUGAGCAAAGAGGUCAAGGGUGUGAAGCGAGACGUCUGUCCAGCGACGAUUGUUUGGAACCCGGAGACGGUCGCGGAGCAAGCCGGGGAUGAAGAGGGAAUGCAGACGAGCAAGAGCCAAAGGCAGGUCUAUAUCAGGGUGCACCCUUCCGCAUUUCUCGAAAUCUUCAACGACCUCCUCCGGCUGGUUAAAAUGCAGAACCCCAGACCCUAUAUAGAGGAUCUGCGGUUUGAGGUCGGCAGUAUUGAGCUUACCGGCCCUGCAUCAACAGAGGCUCUCCUGGGAAUCCUUCACCCCUACCACGUCAAAGAAGGAUCCAGGGAACAGCAUGCGGAGAUCUUCGGGGGUCUGACCAGUGUUACGAGCCCCGCAACGCUUCCCCGGAACGCCGUCCUGGGAUUUUCCAUUAUGGACCCGCGUCUUCGAUACCCCCCAAGAAAAGUCAGUCAACCGAAUCCGGAUGACGAAGCAGAGCAAAACAGGUCGAUGGAGCUGCUGGCGAACUGGCCGGCGGCCGUAGGCCUGAAGCCAUAUGGCCUCUUCCAACGAGAUGCCCACGCUUCAGCGACCCGAUUACCGUCGCAAAAGUCGAUUGACAAACGGAAGGGAGCUCGGCGCCCGGGAACGGCCCUCGACGUCUCCGACGCGGACCCACCGAUCCCCGUCCUCCUGCUCGCAUCACGCUCGAACGCUACGCAGGCCCAGGGCAACUGGACGGUCCUCGUCCCGUGGCGAUGCGUCCAGCCGCUGUGGCACAGCCUCGUCCAUUUCCCCCUGAGUUCGGGUGGUAAUCCACGCUUCUCAGGCCUCGACGAGAUGAGGCAGGUUGCGUUCGAGCGCAACCUGCCGUGCUUCCCCUUCGACUUUCUUGGCACAGACGCCGGCGCCGAAUGGGAGCUGGAGCAGCGGACUAAGCGGAAGCAGGAGUGGGAACGCCGGCCGAAGAGCAAGCGGGUGGCGUGGGAGUCUUUGGACUUGGGCGCCGGUCGCAAGGGAGAGGUGGGCAGCGGAUGGGCGUGCGAUAUGGAGGUCUUAUUCCAGCACAAGACGGACGAGGGUCGGGCUUCACCGCGCCCAGAUGCAAUGGACGUGGAUAAGCCCUCGCCGGAGAAGGAGAAUGCUUCGGAUCCCACGUCGACACCAGAAAACUUCCUCAAGACGCUCCAUCAAGUCCGAAAGGACGCAUUCCACGCGCACACUUCCGCGCCAGCAUCUAACCCCUUACCGCCCCGCUCCGUGAUCAACGUCAAAAUCGCCAUCCUCAACCGCGGCGUUGCGACAGCCUGCGCGAGGAUCUACCGCCUCCCGUCACGUCCCGCUCCCGCCCAUCCGGCCUCCUUGGUCGAAAUCCCCGCAACGGCCCCGCCACCUCCCAAGACCAUCGAUGGUUUGCCCGCCAACCUUCGCGAGCAGUGGCUUGCGACAUUGCCUAGCCGGCCGCUGUGCGGGAACAGCGGCAAGUCGAAGCAGCAGAUGCGCCUGCCGGCGAACGCCGACCUGCAGACCCGCAAGCAGAUGCUGGCCAAGACGCUUAUCGCGGCGCCCGUUGAGGCAUAUCCGUCCCCGAAGCCGAACCAGACGGACAUGAACGGCCACCCGCUCGUGCCGGACGAGGCAGACCUGAUCGGGUUCGUCACGACGGGGGCGUACUCCCUAGGCGAGGGACGGGCGACUGCCAUGGGGUGUCUUUCCGCCGAAAGGGCUGCGCAAGCGAUGGAGGUCGGCGGGCCGAGAAGGGAGGGCACGCUGUGUAUUGUGCGCAAUGCUGGGGAGAGCGUCGGAUGGAUUGCGCGUUGGGAGGCUGUCUAA